AUGGGAUCAAUCUCAGAAGCUCCAACCAAGGUGCGGGUGGGUUCGAUGUUUUCAACCCUUCCUGAACAACCGCCCGACGGGCCUUUUGCAGUGAAUGCUGCAUACAAGCAAGAUUGUAACCCGCAAAAGGUCAAUCUGGGAAUUGGAGUGUACCGGGAUUCUGAUGGCAAUCCAUGGCCCCUACGAGUAGUUCAAGAGGCCGAAAAGGCGCUUUUCCAGGCCAGCGAUAUCCACAGACAUGAAUACCUGGCAAUUCAAGGGGACACAGACUUUCUCUCACUAGCGGCCGAUCUAGUUUUCGGAUUUGACGACUAUGAAGAAAGCUCGAUGCACGAUGCCGAACGACUCCGAGAGCGGGUCGUAUCUAUUCAAACCGUGUUAGGGACGGGAGCGAACCGACUCGGUGCGGAACUUCUAGCCCGAAACAUUCGACCGGGGUGCGUGUGGAUUCCGAAGCCUACAUGGGCCAACCACUACAUGAUCUGGGACCUCGCAGGUGUGCCAAAGAAGGAAUAUCCCUACUACGACUCCACAUCCAAGGCUUUCGACUUCGAUGGAACAUUCCGCACACUGUCUACACAUGCGAAGGCCAAUGACGUGGUGAUUUUGCAUGCAUGCGCCCAUAAUCCUACCGGUGCCGACCCUUCAAAAAGUCAAUGGAAACUGCUAGCUCAACUAUGUAAAGAAAAAGGUAUCAUCCCCUUCUUCGACCUGGCCUACCAAGGGUUCGCUUCCGGUGACGCGAAGAAAGACGCUUGGGCCGUGCGGCACUUUUUCCAUGAUCUGGACCAGGUCGAGUUUUGUGUCGCGCAGUCAUUUUCGAAGAAUUUCGGAUUAUACGGCCAGCGAGUGGGUGCUCUACACGUGGCACUCUCUUCAAAAGCGCCGAAGGACGUUUCCUCAAACCUGCUAGGGAAUUUAUGUCAGUUGGUCCGUGGGGAGUAUUCUAUGGCGCCAAGGCAUGGCGCAGAAAUAGUCAAGACUGUGCUUGGAAGCAAAGAACUGCGGAAAAAGUGGCUAGAAGACCUCACAACGAUGAGUGAGAGAAUCCUGCAAAUGAGGCAUGCACUUUUCGACGAAUUGGUCAAAUUGAGCACACCCGGAGACUGGAAUCAUAUCAUCAAUCAGAUCGGCAUGUUUACCUACAUCGGCUUGACUCCGAGUCAAGUCAGUGCCAUUACAGAAAAGCAUCAUAUCUACAUGCUCAGGUCUGGCCGGAUCUCUAUCUCGGGGUUGAAUGAGACCAAUGUUCAGUACGUUGCCAAGGCAAUUGAUGAAGUCGUGCGCACAGUGGAUUAA